AUGUCUGUCUCCAUUGAAACUACUCCUACUCCCGUGCCUGUGAAGCAGGAGGCACCCACUGUUGCUGCCACCAACAGACUGCCCGAGUUCAGUCUGGCCGGCAAGGUCGUUUGCGUCUCGGGCGCUGCUCGUGGCCUUGGUUUGACCCAGGCAGAGGCUCUGCUGGAAGCCGGCGCCCGUGUCUACGCUCUUGACCGUCUCGAAGAGCCUUCCCCUGACUUCUUCACCAUUCAGAAGCGUGCUAGAGAGGAACUGGGUGUUGACUUCCAGUACCGCCGUAUCGAUGUCCGUGACACUGUGCUCCUGCACAGCACGAUCGAAGCAAUCGCCAACGCCGAAGGCCGCAUGGAUGGCUUGGUGGCUGCCGCCGGAAUCCAGCAGGAAACCCCCGCCCUGGAGUACACAUCUCAGGACGCCAACAGAAUGUUCGAAGUCAAUGUCACCGGUGUUAUGAUGACUGCCCAGGCUGUCGCCAAACAGAUGAUUCGUUUUGGAAACGGAGGAAGCAUUGCGCUGAUUGCCAGUAUGAGCGGUACCAUUGCCAACCGGGGCCUCAUUUGCUCUGCUUACAACGCUAGCAAAGCUGCCGUGAUCCAGCUCGCCCGCAACCUCGCCUCCGAGUGGGGUCAGUACAACAUCCGCGUCAACACUAUUUCUCCCGGCUAUAUUGUCACUGCCAUGGUUGAGCAGCUCUUCGUCCAGUACCCCGAGCGCCGCGACGAGUGGCCCAAGCACAACAUGCUCGGACGUCUGUCCUCCCCCCAGGAGUACCGCGGUGCUGCCGUCUUCCUCCUCAGCGACGCUAGCAGCUUCAUGACUGGAAGCGACCUGCGCAUUGACGGAGGCCACGCCGCAUGGUAG